CUCGACUCCUCCUCACAGACAAAAUGAUCUCGAAGUUGCUGUUGUGUGCAGUUGCUGCCAUCGCGGCAUCACAAGCAGCAAAACUCCCAUCUAGAACAUACGGGACUCCAGGUGCAGGCGCAUCUGGAGGAAGUGGAGGAUUCGGAGGUGGAGCUGUUGGAGGAGGAAGUGGAUUCGGUGGGGCAGGCAGUGGAGGAUUCGGAGGAGGAGCUGCUGGUUCAGGUAGUGGAGGUUUCGGCGGUGGAGCCGUCGGUGGAGGAAGUGGAUUCGGCGGAGUAGGCAGUGGAGGAUUUGGAAGUGGAGCUACCGGCGGAGGAUUUAGUGGGUCAUCCGGAUCUGGUGCCUUCGGAGGAUCUUCCGGAUCUGGUGCCUUCGGAGGAUCUUCCGGAUCUGGUGCCUUCGGAGGAUCUUCCGGAUCUGGUGCCUUCGGAGGAUCUUCCGGAUCUGGUGCCUUCGGAGGAUCUUCCGGAUCUGGUGCUUUCGGAGGAUCUUCCGGCCCUGUCGUUCCCAUAAUUUCUGACAACCGAGAAGGACCCGAUGAGUUCGGAAACUACAACUUCAACUUUGAAACUGGAGACGGCAUCACGCGCCAGGAGGUGGGAGCCCCGCAGGGACCGACCGGCGCUGUGGCCUCUCAAGGCGCAUGGGCAUUCACUUUCCCCGAUGGAACUCCAGCCGAAUUUAGCUUCGAAGCUGACGAAAAUGGUUACCGCGUCGUGUCCGACCUGUUGCCCACGCCUCCUCCCCUCCCCCCACACGCCAUCGCCCAGAUCGAGAAGGCUCGUCAGGAGGAUGCCGCCGCUGCAGCUUCUGGUGGACGUUACAGUGGCCAGUCAGGCUCUGGUUCAGGAUUUGGCUCUGGAGCUGGCCAAUCAGGUUUUGGUUCGGGUUCUAGCCAAUCAGGAUUCGGCUCUGGUGCUGGCCAGUCAGGAUUCGGAUCUGGUGCUGGCCAAUCAGGAUUUGGCUCUGGUGCUGGCCAAUCAGGAUUCGGCUCUGGUGCUGGCCAAUCAGGAUUCGGCUCUGGUGCUGGCCAAUCAGGAUUCGGAUCUGGUGCUGGCCAAUCAGGAUUUGGCUCUGGUGCUGGCCAAUCAGGAUUUGGCUCUGGUGCUGGCCAAUCAGGAUUUGGCUCUGGUGCUGGCCAAUCAGGAUUCGGCUCUGGUGCUGGCCAAUCAGGAUUCGGCUCUGGUGCUGGCCAAUCAGGAUUCGGCUCUGGUGCUGGCCAAUCAGGAUUCGGCUCUGGUGCUGGCCAAUCAGGAUUUGGCUCUGGUGCUGGCCAAUCAGGAUUUGGCUCUGGUGCUGGCCAAUCAGGAUUCGGGCAAUCAGGCUCUGGUUCCGCUCAGGCACCAAGCCGAACUUAUGGAUUACCUUAGGUCUGUCUUCUUUCCUGAGCGACUCAAAUGCAUUACAAAGUCACGGUGGCUGCAGAUCGCAAGGGUCUGUGACACGAACAUUACGCUUAUAAUAAACUUAGUUUAAGAAAUAUUGUUAAAAUAAAGAA